GUAGAAAACCAGCGCAAUCUUUUCUCUGCCUCAGCGUCAGCUGCGAUCUACAGUGUGCAAGAAUACAGGAGAGAAAAGCUUAGGGCCUCCAUUCUCAGUCUCGACCGUCGUGUCGCGGACCCUGCUGAGCUGCUACAACAAAAGCAACGUGAUGAAGCGGCACUCGGAAAGCAGAAGCACCGUCUCCCAGUGUCCUUCUUUCGGCGAAAGAAUGCUGUCUUCGACCUCGUAGCACGCAACGCUUGGGCUGAUACGGGGUCGUUUUUACUAGUCCUGGACCAAAAGAAAAUUGGACACAAUGCUCCUCCUCCCUCUACAACUAACACUGGCGUCAACAGCACUUUUUCUUCACCGCCUGGUACACCAUCAGCUUCUUCUCCAACAUCUUCUGCAGAGCAACCUUCCGCCCCAGCAGAACACCGGCAACAACAAUCUUCCCUGCAUUCCUCAAUAUCGACGUUGUUCUUGUUCGAAUUGACUUUAGUGCUGAAUCGGCUUUCGUUUCACUUGCAUCCGCACAUGUUAUGGACUUAUAGUGAUAUUUUGGAGUAUUUUGCGCCUGCUGGGUACACCCCACCACCAAUGACAGAGGAAUGCCUGGAUCG